AUGCUGCGGCCGUUCUUCCGGAUUGGCCAGAUCGAGAUCCUCCGACAGCGCUUCGAGUCGGCGGAGCGUUGGCUCUCUGCGGCCAUUGAGAAGUUUGGUGCAAGCCUGAUGGUUCGCGACGAGGAGGGCUCAGCGGCGCUAUUUGCACGCCGUCGGCCGGCAGGUGAAGGCAAUGGAAUCUCAGCUUUACUCGCUCGACGAGCAGCUGGCAACUUUGGAACGGGAGUGCAGCUGCCCUCGGCCCAAGCAACAUCGCCUGGCCCCCAACUCCCUCCAGCGAUCGAGCUCGCGGCAGGUCCUGGCGGAUCUGGCCACGACCACCCUGAGCGCAGCUAUGGCUCACUCGAAGAUGCGCUUCCGGAUGCGUUUUCAGCUGAAGACCUGGAGAAGGAGGAUGGGCAAGGGACUCUGCAGCCGGCUGGGAAGCGGUCCCUGGCCAUCCUCCAUGUGUCUCCGCGCUAUGGGAAGGUGGAUGCCAAAGUGCUGGGUCUUCAGCGGUCCCGGAACAUGAAGCAAAAGAUUGCGCAAGGCAGGUACACUGACACGUGGGGCCAGUUCAAGCAAGAUGGAUUUCGGCAGGCUUUGCAGACACCGCCGGACACGGAAGCGGCAUCCUUGAGAGAAGUGGACCUGAUUGCGUGGGAGGGCAAGCAGCCAGUCACAUAUGCGCUUAGAGAUGGCUCCAGAGAGCCACUGCGCCUCACGUUCUGGGCCACGCAAGAGUCCUUGAAUUCCCUCUCUGAGUGGUGCCAGUGGUUCGGGUCUUCGACAUCCCUGCCACAGCAUCCGUACCCAGUCUUGAUUCCAAGCAAGGGCCGUGCUAAAGCUGCUCACCUGAACUGGCGGGCUCCGCACUGUUUUGGCCAGGCUGCCUUUCAGAGCGACGGGCAAAGGCAAAGUCCCUCUGCCCUGGUGGUAGCUGUCGUCGAGCCGUCUGAGGCUAAAGAAUACCGCGAAGCCUGGCCAGACCUGCCUUUGCUGGUGCUGCCAGAGAACGACAAGGGCCCAGCUUUCGUCAGGUGGUGUAUCCAGAAGGUGUCCUCGGCCUUUCGCAUGGAGCAGUCUCAUGAAUUGGGGGCGCUGCAGCAGAUGCGGUACUGCUGGCUGGUAGACGAUAGCAUCACCAGCUUCUACCGGCUCAAUCCUCUCUCGGACCGGUCUCUCCAGGAGGAAGAUGAGCGGCUCCAGAGUCGCGGCAUAGUUGUUCCGGCAACGUCUCUUUCCAAGCCUGCUGGGCGCAAAAGCGAACGACGUUGCCAUGGCGCGAUGUUUGCUGAAGCCAUGCUUGCAGUUCAGCAGCAAGCCUCGCAGGGAACUUGUGCGAUUUGCGGUUUCCUGCGCGACGAUGGGACAGCUCCGAUGAAGUCUGCACAGUGGGCCCUGGACAGCACCUCUGUUUUCAAAGUCGUCCUGCUAAAUCUGGUCGAGCUCGCCAAGCUCCAGGUCGAGUACCUGCCGCAACUGCACUUGUUUGAGGACGUUUGCCUCAAUGUGCAGGCAAGGAACUCUGGCGGACGUAUAUUGAAGUGUAUGAGCUAUUGCUACUGGGCGGACAACAAGACUUUUGGCGGCUGUGCAGAGCAGAGGGCUCAGAAAGCAGCGGCACCACGGUGCACAGGGCUCGAGGAUCUCAUUCCUGCUUCUGCCUUCAUGGAGCUGACGGCCGCUGCGAAGAUGGCCGUUGAGCACGUGUAUGGCUGGGUCCACCGUGACGAGGAGCGAUCGCGCCUGCGGAAGGAGGCCUUGGGCAUGCCUGCGCCUUUGCCAGCUCCAGAGACUGAGGCCUUGCCGCUUACAGAAGGAAUUGAGGAAUCGACGGACAUACGGAGUGGCGUCACCUUCUUUGACGAACACUUUUUCGACCCGUUCCAGGACCUAGACUGGUCGCAGCCUAUAUUGGAUGAUAUCCAAAUCCAGGUCAGCGAGGAUCUGUCACGGGAGGUCGAACCACCAGCAAGGACGGAGAACCGCCGUUGGUUGCUCCGAAAGCCAUCGGGUGAGAAUGCUGUAGUGGUAUUGGACUAA